AUGACGGGCGUGGCAGUUGCCCUAGUUCGCACGCCGCACAUGCUCACCACCAGGGUGGGCAUGGCAACCAAGUCGCACGACGCCGCUUUUGACGAGCUCAAUCGACGCUUCACGGCCAUCGAGCAGAAUGCCCAGAAGCUCAGCAAGGACUGCGCGACCUUCCGUGAUGCCGUCAAGAACAUGCUCCUCAGCGGCGCCUCAUUCGGCAGCGCCUUCGCGAUCCUCUUCAACCCAAUAGGCACUGAAACCGACCUCGACCGCCGUCAUCCAUCCGCAGCCACGACUGUCUCUAACAUCGUCCACUAUCAGCAGAUGAUGGACGAGCUGCGCGAGAUCCUCACCCCCGAAAUCGACCUCAUCGAGUCCAGAGUCGUAGCUCCGCUCACCGAGUUUGAGCAGUGCCUCAAGGCGAUCCGCAAGAACAUUACGAAGCGAGACCAUAAGCUCGUAGAUUUCGAUCGCCUCAACAACUCCUUCACCAAACUCAAGGAGAAGAAGGAAAAGACGCUCAAGGACGAGCAGAACUUGUUCAAGCUUGAGCAGGAGUUUGACGCAGCGAGCGCUGAUUAUGAGUAUUACAACAACGCCAUGAAGGAGGAGCUGCCCAUCUUCUUUGAGAAGGUCAAGGGCCUCAUGAGCCCACUCUUCCAUUCCUUCUACUACAUGCAGCUCAACGUCUUCUACUUGACCCUCGACAAGGUUCAAACCUUUGCCGAUGGCAAGUACGACCUAACGGACACUUCUCCAGCCGCCGUCGAGCAGCGCUACGCCGACAUGUUGACCGAUGCGGCCGAGAAGCUUGAAGAGCUCUCGAUUCGCAAGCCAGCGACAGCCAGUGCCAGAGUGUUGAGCACCUCAGGGAGGGGGGGUCUAGUAUCAGGCUCGCCAUCUGCGUCGUCAUCGCGGGCGGGAGGCCUGGCAGCUGGCGCCCCAAGCAAGGGCGGCCUCGGUCGCAGCGGCAGCUCCGCGAGCAGCAUGACCUCCCCACCCCCGUACGGGUCAUCAUCAUCAUCAGCAUCAGCAGCGGGUCGGAAAGCUCCACCGCCGCCUCCGCCGACGAAGCCUAAGCCAGGAGCAGCGGCGGCAAAGACGUACGUCGUGGCCCUCUACGACUACGCGGCUCAGGCAGAGGGAGAUUUGUCAUUGCGGGCUGGCGAGAGAAUUGAAGUCGUCGAGAGGACGGCUUCGACAGAGGAUUGGUGGACCGGCAUCGGUGAGAGCGGAGCGAGGGGAGUGUUUCCGGGUAAUUAUGUGAGGGAGGAUUGA